GGUCUUGGCAGUCGCUAGCGUCCGGUUGAUAUUUAAUAAUAAGAAGAAAGAAGUUGAAUAAAAAUGAGAUUGUUACUAGUGAUGUUGCUGGUGAGUGGAUUGCUGAUUGGCGAGAGCCAGGCCCAACGUCCAAUCGGUCUAUUCUUCAACGCUCUUUACAUCAACUUUAGAAACUGGAUCGGUCUGGGCGGCGGCCAGUCCGUCAGCACUUCGACCAGCUCCCAGCAAACGGUGACAGUGACGGCGACAGUGACAACGACCGUCAUUGAUUCUCCUCCAAGCGUUCCGGAUGACUACGUCGAAUUCGCUCCUCCAAUUUCAAUUGUUCCGGAAGUCAUGAUCACGGAGGCUUCCAGCACCGAUUCGGGGAUGUCGACGACGGCCACGGAGGAGGCCAGCACCGAAGGAGCUAGCACCGACAGUCCUCCCCUGAUGAUCCAGGAGAAUCUUCCGGUGGAAUCAUCCACUCUGGCUGAGGACAAUCAAGUGGAACUGGAAAUCGUCACGGAAGGGCCGGAAUUGGAUCCCUCGGAUGCGUCGGUGAUUGAAGCCAUGGCGCAAAUUUUACUGGAAAUUCCAACCACCACGCCAGACUCGCCCACUACGCAAAGUGUUGAAUCCGAGACGGAAGCCAUCGUCGUCGUCAAAGACGUUCCACCGGUGGCUCCUGCUGUUGUUGUUGCUACAACAACAACAACGACGACCAGUUUCCCGAGGGAUUCGACAACCUUCGCCACUUUGGCACCGAAGAGAACCAUCCAUUUCAACAGGCCCAGCUGGACGCCCACCUUCUUAAAGUUGGCCAACAGGGGAUCGACUUCUCGUUACUUUUUCCCGGCCUCGUUCAGACGGCCCAAAGAUUCCGGAUUCUUGGAAAAGGAAACCAUUUCGUUGAGCCCUUCCAAACCCUUGUCGGUGGAGAAUUCGGUACCUCCUAGGAUUCCGUACGUUGUCAAACGUCAAGUCGAGAUUGAAUCUUCAAUGACGGUCUUGAAUCAGCAGCAAAGUUCGGUGUUGAUCGCCAGAGCCGCUACAGAUUGAAUUGAAUCAACCUAAAACCUGUGCACACAAAACACAAAGAAAUAUAUUUAUGAAUUGUUGAAACAAAAGUGUAAGGGACGUUUCAUGUUGAAACCACCUCGCAAUUUCACCCCGUUUAUGAAAAUUAGUUUGCAAAAAUACAACAAUUUGGUUUUUACCUUUUUAACUCAAA